AAAUGUGACCGUCGUUCGGACGAGUAAAAUAACAAUCCAUUUACCCAGUAAUUUGGCGGAAGUUACGUAUUUUACAAGCUUCUGCAAGGUCAGAAUUCUGAAUAGUUCGUGACCUGAGUGACGACCCCGUGUCAAAUUAUCAAUGAUUUCGCGGCAAUUUCAAUACUUCAUACACGAAUUUACGCUAUUUCUGUUUGUUUUUUGUACAAUUUACUCAUUUCCUUGCGAUUAUCCUUACAAAUUGACGCCGAAUUAUGAUUAACCCAACCGACCUAACUAUCCUGACAACUUUUAUAUUGCUUCUCGACGACGGAUUUGAUCUAAACCAAGUAUUUAGACGAAGAAAGUACAGCAACGACGAAGACAACGACAACGGCGGCCUAGGCGUAGGCCUACACCAACAAGGGCAACAGCGGCUCACCAUGGCCCUUGUAGCAUGCAGGGAGAGGCUGCUCAGGCGCGACGGGCCUAGGCAAAGGCGAACGGUAAUAUUUCGAACUGACCAUUGGUGGAGUAUCGAUGUUUUGCAACACUUUACGAAUAGUCAGUGGCGUAAAAAUUUUAGAAUGGGUCAGGCAACAUUCAAUUAUUUAACCGAUAUUCUUGAGCCUUAUAUUGGGAGACUGGACAAUCCAUUUGGAAGAAAUAUUCCGACUAAAAAACUUGUUGGGAUGGCAUUAUAUAGGCUGUCAACAAACUGUGAUUUAAGAACAAUAGCAAAUUUAUUUGGUGUUUCAUGUUCAACUGUUUGUGAGGUUGUACAUUCCGUUUGCAGUGCCAUAACAGAGUUCUUGCAGCCCAGGUAUAUUGUGUGGCCAGAGGGACAACGGCUUACCGAAACAGUAAAUGGCUUCCAACAAUUUCAUGGUUUCCCCCAGUGUGUUGGAGCAAUAGAUGGUAGUCAUAUUCCGAUAAUUGCUCCAUAUGACAGACCAAAUGACUAUUAUAACCGGAAAGGGCAUCAUUCCAUUGUGUUACAAGCAGUAACCGAUCAUAUGCUAAGGUUUACAAAUAUAUAUGUGGGUUGGCCUGGCCGUGUUCAUGAUUCCAGGAUCCUACGAAAUAGUGAAAUUUUUGCAAAAGCGGAGAAUAGGCAACUCCUUCCAGUGAGAACUGAAUUGAUAAGUGGGGUACAGGUGCCAUUACUUAUUCUUGGGGAUCCUGCAUAUCCGCUCAAGACUUGGCUGAUGAAAGGCUUUCCCGGAGAAAAUCUCCCAAGACAACAGCAGACCUUUAACUACAGACUGUCUCGCGCCCGAAUGGUUGUUGAAAGAAGUUUUGGUAUGUUGAAGGGUCGGUGGAGACUCCUGAUGAAAAGGAAUGAUAGCUUGCUUAAGCAUGUUCCAAAUAUGGUGGUUGCAUGUUGCGUUCUCCACAAUUUUUGUAUAGAGGAAGGGGAGAUAUACAACCCAGAGUGGGAUGUAGUUGAUGAGCAACCACAAGUUGAACCUCUUAGAAAUGCUGCAGAAGAGGUUUCGGGAACAGACAUUCGCGCUGCUCUUGUAAGAUAUUUCCAAGAGUAAAUGGAAAUGUUAAACUGUAAAGAAAUUACUGGCAGUU